ACCCUUUGGGGAAAGGCAAACGGCUGUGGGGAGUGCUUGGGACCUGCCUUCGGUGAACCAUGGGGCUCAGUGAUCAGGAAUGGCAGAAAGUCCUGGCCAUCUGGGGAAAGGUGGAGUCCGACCUCGCCGGCCAUGGCCAUGCAGUUUUAAUGAGACUCUUUCAGGACCACCCCGAGACCUUGGAUCGCUUUGAAAAGUUCAAAGGCCUGAAGACUCCUGAUCAGAUGAAGGGCUCUGAAGACCUGAAGAAACAUGGACUUACUGUGUUUACCCAGCUGGGCAAAAUCCUGAAGCAGAAGGGUAAUCAUGAGUCAGAGUUGAAGCCCCUGGCUCAAACUCAUGCGACCAAGCACAAAAUCCCUGUCAAAUAUCUGGAGUUCAUUUCUGAAGCCAUUAUCAAGGUCAUUGCCGAAAAACACUCUGCAGACUUUGGGGCUGAUUCCCAGGCUGCAAUGAAGAAGGCCCUGGAGCUGUUCCGAAAUGAUAUGGCCAGCAAGUACAAGGAGUUCGGUUUCCAGGGUUAGCACAUACGCAUAGAGGAACACCAUGAUGGAGGCCUGGCCAUGCAUCUUAGAGUAGCUUCCCCAGCGCUGUUUUGGACAUCUCACAAUUGGCCACCCAAGAUGUGUGGGAAAGCUUUGAUGAGAAGCCAAGAGUCACUCCAGGCAGCGUAGAGGCACUCAGCGAUAUCCAUGAUAAACCAUUGUUUCCUGGCUUCAUGUAUACAAGACAAAUAAUCUGCUUUCUUAGGAAAAA